AUGAUCAGUGUCGCGAGGGGGAACCUGCUAUCUGGGCAACAGUCUGUCCACCAUACCAUCCUGCCCAGGCUCGUGCCCUGGAGAGGUCACUCCAACUUCGCCUCUCAGCUUGGAAACAACACAGGAAGCAGCAGAUACUGGAACCCUCAAGGAGACUUUACUUCUGGCAUGGGAAGAACACAGAGGACUGAAGAGAGCAUGGAGAUUUGUCACUCUUGUCAGCGCUACACUCCACUCUUACAUCCACAGCAGAUGCAAAGGACAAGUUUUAUAUCAACAUCAGCAAUGUCACCAAAAAAAUACCCCCCAAGGAUUGAGGAUGAGGAUGUCCUCAUCCUGGGAGACUUCAGUGUCCGAGUGGGUGCCGAUCACGACUCAUGGCCUUCCUGUCUUGGACACUUUGGAGUUGGCAAGAUCAACAAAAAUGGGCAGUGCCUCUUAGAGUUCUGCUCCUACAACGGCCUCUGUGUGAUGAACUCCUACUUCCAGGCCAAACCACAACACAAGGUGUCAUGGCAUCAUCCCAGCUCAAAGCAUUGGCAUCAGCUGGACAUGAUCCUGAUCUAA